AUGAGCGGCCCGUCCACCUUCUGCCGGUGGGACGGGCCGCGAGAAGAGGCGGCGGACGAGCCGUGCAACGCCACCAUCUCGACCGGCCGCAGUGGCUACUGCCACUGCCGGAGGCACCGGCACGUGGCGCGGUUCGACUGCGGCCACCCGCCGCUGCGAUGCGAUCAGGCGUGCGCCGUGCUCGAGGACGCCCCGACGGUGCGCGCGCUCGCGUACACCGCGCUGAUGGCGUUUGACGACCGCGCCGCCGCCCUCUCGCUCGCUUUCGGCGGAGGUCGAAGGAGGAGGGACGCCUCGCAGCGGCCACCAGCGAGGCCAUCCUCACGCAGCGACGCGGCGGGAGGCGCGGGCAGGAUCCCGGUGACGCUGUACCAGACCAUCGACAAGCUCGACCGGCCCGGCAUCGGGCUGCGCUGGGAGGAGAGCGAGCCCCUCGGGCUGCGUCGAGUGCUGCACGACGAUGUCCUCGGCCAGCAGUACCUCAACGCGUCGUGGGGGCCCCGCUUCGCGCGCGCGUACGGCCAGAUCUCGCUCGGCCCGAUCCGCGGCCUAGCUAACGAAUCGGUGAUCGACGGGUUUCAUGCAUCCAUGAAACUAGGCCAGAUCUCGCUCGGCCCGAUCCGCGGUGACUUCUUGCGCCUCGCGUACAUUGCAGAGCACGGCGGCUUCUACGCGGACGCCGAUGUUUGCCCGGUGCACAACUCGACCCUCUCUCGGCUCGCCGCCUCCGGCGCCCCGCUGGUGAUAGUCGCGAGCAUGUUCAGCGCGGCGAGGAAAGGCAAGGGCGAUGCAUUAGGCGCCGUGCCGCGCCACCCCGACCUGCAACCUCUGGUGUGGGCGGCGCUGUACCACGUCGAGGCGGCCGUGCGCGGGUACGACCGGCUCGGCGCCACCGCCGUCGCCGGCCUGCGGCUGGUGGAAUCGGCGCGCACAGAUUUCCGUUUGGCUGUUGACUCCCAGCUUGUGGCACUGUUAGGCCCGCAGCUGAUGGGCUCGCUGCUCGGCGCGCAACCAAAGGUGGUCCUCCUCGAAAACACCACCGGCACCGCCCAUUUGCCGGGAGAGCCGACUCUUGCGCUCGGCCCUUGCGACGGUCUCGUCAAGGACUGGGCGGCGUGGGCGGGUCGCGGCGGGUGGCACCGCGAGGCGCCGGUGCGGUUCGGGUAUGCCCACCAGCCAGUGGUCGAGACGAAGUGGGAGGAGCGGCGGCGGCGGCGGCGGUCGUGACGGUUCGCGCGCCGCACCGCCAGGGGCGAGGCACACCACCGUCCUCUUGAACCAAGGAGACCGGAGAUCUUCUUGAGGAAUGCGUUCUUCACGCCGGACGGCUCGAAAGUCGAAUGU